AACAGAUAUAUGAGCCCAGCACAUAAUAUUUGAAUAUGUCAAAAUGCCCAAACUGAUGGGUAUUAAGAAACACCACGGAAGUAACUACCUUCCAAGACAAGAAACGACUAUCACUAAUCUUUAUUAUAUAUAUACACCUCCCUCCCUUAUAAGGUUUCUAUUCCACCCAAUAUCACCACCACAAAUCUGAUAUAAUUUCCUUCAUCGCCGCCCACAACCACCAGGUCCACCACCACAAUAUCUUGUAUUAGUUGUGCCAAACUUUGUGUUUUAGAAUCCCAGAAAUGUCUCUAAGAGCUAGAUCAAUCACUUCCAAACAGUCGGAGAUGGUUACAGCACCCUCCUCUUCAUCCGACACCGAUGAUAAUGAGCUGGACACCUCGAAAACACCAGCACCGGCGCGAUCUUCGUCCCUCUCGCAGCGCGCAAUCUCCCAAACCCUAACAGGCACAGCCAACCUAGCCAACCUCCUCCCCACAGGCACCCUCUUGGCCUUCCAGCUCCUCACGCCAAUCUUCACCAACAACGGCUCGUGUGACUCCGCCACGCGCCCCAUGACACUCGUCCUCCUCCUCGUCCUCUCCGUCUCCUGCUUCCUCGCCUCCUUCACGGACAGCUUCAAGUCUCCAAACGGGCAAGUUUACUACGGAUUGGCCACGUUCAAGGGGAUGUGGCUGUUCGAUUAUCCGGCUGCAACGGCCUCCGGCUCGGGGCAGCUUCCUGACUUGAGCAAGUACAGGCUGAGUUCCAUUGAUUGGGUUCACGCAGUGUUGUCUGUGUUUGUGUUUGUUGCAGUGGUUUUGAGAGAUAAGAAUGUGGUGGCUUGUUUUUACCCAAUUCCUGCUCAUGAGGUUCAGGAAGUUUUGAACAUUGCUCCUGUCGGUAUUGGCCUCAUUUGCAGCUUGUUGUUUGUGGUCUUCCCCACCAGAAGGCAUGGGAUUGGUUACCCUGUUACACCUGGCAAAUAAAUUGUCAAUCUCUAUUUUUUUUUUUAUUAUUAUUAUUUUUUUUUUUUUCAUUUCAUUUGAUGAAAAAUGUAAGAAAUGCAGUUUAAGCAUUCUGUAAUUACAAAAUAAUAUUAUUAACAAUUUUUUUA